AUGAGCUACCCGCUGCUGCGGCGUCUACCGCUAAGUACGCUUGAUCGGCAGGUGGCGCGCGCAAGUAUGCAAAUAUGCCACAAGAUUGUCAUGCAGCAGCUCUACAUUUCUCGCGCAAACGUGUCUAAGCAGUGGGUCGUCGUGUCCAAUCCUUCCGAAGCGUGUAUCAACCUUACUGGCUUCAACUUAAGCUGCAGCGGUUGCGACGACGUCUAUUGCUUCCCUUUUAAUUACACUUUACUACCUGGUGACGAGGUGACAAUUUGGUGUUCUCCAGGAAGACUAAAGCUUGACGAGGACAACUUACUUCAGCCUUAUCUUUUCUGGACACAACCUGAUGGCUCUUUGCGACACAAGUCGUUCUUUACGUCUUCUCGAGCCAAUGACGUCGUACUAUUAGAUCCGUUUCUUGUUGAAGUAGCAUCCAUUCGAGUAACGGUGGAUGGCAGACGAGAGUUUCGCGUGUUGCACUGCAAGUCUGCACACUCAAAGACGUUGCGAAGUGAGAUUGACACCCGCUUUUGCGUCGGAUGUCUAUCCCCUCCAGUCUUUGACAAGCAGACGUCACGACCGAGUCCAGAAAGCGGUAAAAUUACUUCCUUCCCGCCACGUCAGCGGGAAGUUUAUGUUUACUCGAGAUAUUGGGGAAUUGUCUCGGACAAGUCACUAUCGAAACACUCAUUAGCAGUCAUUUUAGUGCCAGUAGUGGAAUCAGUUCGAGCAGUGCUGAUCUACCUCAUGUUUAAUUUAUUUCAGUCUAUGGGUAAACCGGGUCCGAAUGUGCGAUCAAAAGUCACAUCAUUGCUAUUCAUGGUGCUGGCAUGCAAUGUCACUGCACGAAAACUCAUGCUGGGCAUCAAAAGUGGACUAUUGGUCACUAUUGCAAGUUUCACGUCAGUUGUCUUGGAUCAAGUGGCUAUGCUUGUAUUGUACUUGUCUCUUCAAAGACUCUAUCCGGUUUUGACUACCUCUUUUCAGUGUAUGCUCGUAUUUGAUCUUGGUGUGUAUUGUAUAAAUGCGAUUGCAGUGCAAUUUCGUUUUCUUGACGAACGCACUAAUUGGCACCCGUUAUUUAAAUACUUAACAAGAUUGGACCACAGAUACCAAGGAUUUGUCUGCAUGUGCGGUAUUGGCCGCGAAUUGCUGCUUCAUUUGCUUUUUUUACUUCCUUUCAGCAGCCAGCCAACACAAUUAUGGAAAGUUGUCGGAUAUUUACUUGUGCCAUUCUUCACGGCAGCCUCAGGCAUUGAUUUUUUCCGUGCACUUGUCAUUCUUCUGCAUAUGGUCCGAAGAUCAAUUGAUUUGAUAAAUGCUCUAUGGGGACAUCUUGAGCAACACACAACAACAUACGUCAAAGAAACGUAUAAAGAUCAAGAGGAGAAAGAGGUGUGUGAUGAAGAGCCUCAAAAAGAAUUACCACCCUCAGCGUUUUCCACACCCAAGAAGUUUCGCAAUCGAUUUCGGUAUUAUUAG